AUGGCGCCCGAUCGCUCAGGAAAGAGUGUGUUUCUGGGAAACAUUCCCUACAACCUCACCGAGGAACAGGUGAAAGACAUUCUCAGUACAGCUGGCACAGUCACCAAGUUUCGCCUGAUGAUGAACCCCGAGACUGGCAAGCCUAAGGGUUAUGGAUUCGCAGACUUUGCGGAUGCCGAUGCAGCAGCCUCGGCCGUGCGGAAUUUGAAUGACUAUGAGAUUAUGGGUCGCAAGAUUCGGGUGGACUGGCCUCACAACAAUGAGAAGGACUCUGUGCCCGCGGACUAUUCCCAACAGACACAAUCGAUGGAGCAAGACUCCAUACCACAAAUGCAGCAGAUUCCCGGUGCCGCUCCGCUUCCUCCAUUGCCUCCAGGCGUCGAUGUCCCGCCUCACCUCGACUGCCCUAAUGCGAUCUCACAAACGCUCGCAUCUCUUCCCCCAAAUCAGCUCCUUGACGUCCUUACACAAAUGAAAGCUCUCGCUGUGGCCGAUCCAAUCCGAGCCACGGAACUCCUCCGCCAAGCUCCUCAGCUUGCUUACGCCAUAUUCCAAGCUCUGCUGCUCAUGAACCUGGUGGAAUAUCAGGUGUUGGGGUCCAUCGUGGAGCAGGCGGCCCAGACACAAUCUACUCCUCAAGUACCUCCCCAGGUGGCUCCUCAAUACCAACAGUAUGGUGUUCCGGGACAGAUGGGGACACCUCCUGUGGCCGGUGGUCCAUAUGCUCCUCCACCGCCACCUACUCAGGCUGCCCCACCUCAGGUGCCGGGCCAGGAUGAGUUGUUACAGCAGGUGCUCAGCAUGCCACAGUCUGCGAUUGAUGCUCUUCCCCCAAUGGAGCGUAGUCAAAUCAUGCUAUUGCGCCAACAACUGAUGCAGGGCGGUAUGCGAUGA